GGAUAGCGCGCCUUUGAAAACACACGGAGGAAGUACGGUCAAGGCGAAAAACUAAUGCCCAAAUUUCUUUUAUUUGACCACUUUUCCAUCACUAAAGGUUCGCUUAAGUCAUCGACAACCAAAACCGUUUUUAGGAAAAAAGGUUGCGAAAAUGAUGCUCAUGAACACUCGGAAGAGAAAGCUCUCCUCUGUGGACUCGGACAGUCACCCGGCCAAGAUGAGUGAGAAGGAGGCAUCGCCCCUCAAGCGAAGAUCUCCCAGGAAGAAGCCAGACGUGAAUGAGAGUUUGAACAAAGAACAUUCCCCAUGGCUGAGGAGGUCUCCUCGAAAAGCAGCAGGUGAGAAGGAGACAUCGCCCGUCAAGCAAAGAUCUCCCAGGAAGAAGCCAGACGUGAAUGGGAGUUUGAACAAAGAACAAUCCCCGUCGCCGAGGAGGUCUCCUCGAAAAGCAGCAGGCCUUCCGGUCAUGCUGGCAACGAUGACAAGCUCCUUCUACGGGCCGAAAAAGAGUGUUUAUCUAACACCUCUGGAAAGGAAGGCAGUGAAGGAAUCGCUUCCAGUUCCUCCUCCAAGCCAGGGCAAUAAGAUGGAGAAGAAAACCAAGAAGGUGACGAAAGGGAAGCAGGUCAAGGUGGUGACGGUGCGUUCGAGUAGCAGAAGCUACAGUGGGAAACCCAAGACCAUCAUGCUGUCCAAGAUGAAUGGGAGCAGCGAUGCUAACGGGAAGGCGCCCGAGCCCAAGAAGCCCAAACCCAAGCUUUUGGUGGGCGCCGCCUUCUUCAGCACAGGCAAGAAGCAUUCCUCAAUGUACAAGAAGGCGUCCAAAGGCCAAACUCGCAAAUCUAAGAGUCAGGUGGUGGCCGCCCAGCCUGAGAAAAAGCAAAAGCAGAUCAUUCCCGUGAAGAUUGCCGUUCAGCCCGUGGAGAAGAAAGUUGAGGCGCCCAGGAGAAAGUUUGACCCAAAGGAAUUUGUGGAGUGUGACAGCAACUUGCCAGCGAGUCCACCUAAAGCCUUGGCUGAGAAUUACAAAAUCACAAAGGAGCUAAAAAUUAUGCUGACAAGGAUUCCGAUUCAGGCAUCCUUUCUUUCUCAGGAUGGCGGCUCCAAGCCUGUCUGUGAUCUCGGAGACGCGAGUCCCAGCGAUCCUGCCUCCACACCGCCCAAAGAAUCUGUGGCAGUGUAUCCCAUCUUUGGAUCCGCUUCCAAACGUUCCAAGAGCUCCCCCGCUGUCACACCGUCCACCAAAGAGCGUCCCACCCGCAGGAGGAAGGAGAAGCAGGACGCCGACCAGCUCAUCAUUGACGCAGGCCAGAAGCAAUUUGGCGCCGCCGUGUGCGGCUCAUGUGGGAUGGUGUACAGCGCCGACAACCCGGAAGACAAUUUCCAACAUGAGCAGUUCCACCAGUGCCUCCUGGACGCCAUCAAGUUUGUGGGUUGGAAGAAGGAAAGGGUGGUGGGUGAGUUCUGGGAUGGAAAGAUCAUCCUGGUCAUGCCAGAUGAUCCCAAGUAUGCUGUCAAGAAGGCGGAGGAGGUGCGUCGCAUCGCAGACAACGAAUUGGGCUUCCAGCAGAUGACGCUGAGCAGACCCUCGCAGGCAAAGACUUACUUGUUUGUCAACGGCGAUCGGAUGGUGGUGGGCUGUCUGGUGGCGGAACCCAUCCGGAAGGCCUUCCGAGUGCUGGAGCAGCCUGAUCAGUGCAAAGACAUGACCAAGGAUGACUUCAUGGACCGGCACCGGGCGUGGUGCUGCUCCACCGUGCCGGAGAAGGCGCUCUGCGGCGUUAGUCGGAUUUGGGUCUUCAGCCUGGCCCGGCACAAGAGCGUCGCCACCCGCAUGCUGGACACUGUCAGGAGCACCUUCAUGUACGGCUGUCACCUGACGAAGGACGAAAUCGCCUUCUCUGACCCGACGCCGGACGGCAAACAGUUUGCGACGGCGUACUGCAGUACGCCCACAUUCCUCGUCUACAACUUCAUCGCCUAAAGUGACCCGAGCGAUCGUUAAUUUUGACUGUGAAUGACUCCGGUUUUGAGAGAGUCCGUUUGAUCAGUGUUUUUUAGCUCAGGGUUGAGUGUUGUAUAUUUGCUGCGUUGUUUUUUUUUUUUUUUUUUGCAGAUGUUUAUAUGGAAAUGACUUCCUGUGGAAGUUUUUGCUAGUCCGAAACGUGUUUUUAAACCGCAGGAUUGAUCACAUUUAAGUUGUCUGUUAUUUUCAAAGGGGAAAAAUUGUGUUUUGGAACAGAGAGAAUCUAUUAUGUUGUGAGUUUGAAUAAAGUUAUUUUAAUUUG